AUGAAUGUAUCCUCUUCAGCUUUCCCCCCUAAUAGUUCUGGCCCUAUUUAUUAUAGUAGAGUGCAUAAAGCAUACUUAUCAUGGACAAAUAAUAGAAAUAAUACCUGUAUAGUACCAAACUUAUUUAUAAGAAAAAUUUCAAAAUCAGAUAUAGAUCAAUUGUAUGAUUUACAUAAAGAGCUCUUCCCUAUUGUUUAUGAUUCACAAUUUUAUGAUACUAUUAUAUCAGGUUCUACACUUGGUUGGGCUACAAUAUGGAACUGUGAUAGUAAUGAUGAGUUUCAAGGUCAAUAUAUUGUUGGAUUUGUGACUGUAUCACAGAAUCCACAAAUUAUAAUGGAAAAUGAUUAUCAUUAUGUAAUUAGAAAUACAAAGUAUAAAGAUAUAUUAGAUAAUAAUACAAAUGAUAAUAAACAUGAAAUACAAUCAGAAACAAGAUCUAUUAAUAAUACAAAUAGUAUAGUAGAUAAUAAAGUUAAAAAUAUGAUAUGUGAAAAUCUUGUAUAUAUAUUAACUAUGGGAGUAGUACAAGAAUUUAGAUCUCUUGGUAUUGCAAAGAACUUAAUUGAAUUUACUUUAGAUUAUUAUAAAAUAUAUUAUCCCAAGGUUGAAGCUAUAUAUCUACAUGUUGUUGACUAUAAUUCUAAGGCUAUUCAAUUAUAUAGGAGACUCGGUUUUCAAGAACUUCUUCACUGGGAUCAUUUUUAUAGAAUAAAAGAUCAAUAUUAUGGAUCUUUCCUAUAUGUUUACUAUUUUAAUAGAAAUCUUGAAAUUCAACAAGAAAUAAAAGAUAGUGAUAAUUCUAAUAAUUCUAGUGAAUUUCCAAUUUUAAAUUAUUGCAGUGAUAUUAUCUCUAAAUCUUCAGAGUAUUUAAAAAAUUUUAGAUUAGGUUAUAAACUUAAUAACUAA